CGUGCUGCACGAAGGGGGUGGUUGUACUCCUGCUGGGGGUAGUACUACCUGUCUUCCAGGAACCUCAUUUCCUUCUAAUAUGUCUUAAGUCAGGGUGUCCUGGGAUUGGCCCAGGGUGUCAGGCGCUCACUUGCAGGCAGCCAGAGGAUUAUUCAGCAUUGCAAGAACAGCAGGUGUUUGAGGCAUAUAUUAAGCUGCAGUCAGGGAGGCAGAAAGGGCAGGGGCAGCUUUUAUUUUUAUUCCUGUUUGGGUGAAGCUGACCUUUCAUACGUGCGGGGAGCUGAAGGCUUGGCGGUGGCCGGGGUCAUAUGCACACGAAACAAUGGACAGGGAGAAGAGGACACCAGAAGAAAAAGCCUCCCGGAUCCCAGCAUCUAUACCCCAGUUCACCAACUCGCCCACAAUGAUCAUCAUGGUCGGGCUCCCUGCCCGAGGAAAAACGUACAUCUCCAAGAAACUUACUCGCUACCUCAACUGGAUUGGAACCCCAACGAAAGUAUUUAAUGUGGGACAGUAUCGCCGCGAAGCCGUGCAGACUUACAAGAACUACGAAUUCUUCCGCUCGGACAAUCAGGAAGCCAUGAGGAUACGAAAGCAGUGUGCACUCCAUGCCCUGAAGGAUGUCCAUACUUAUCUGACGAGGGAAGAAGGACAAGUUGCGGUCUUCGAUGCCACCAACACCACCAGAGAGAGGAGGUCUAUGAUCCUGCAGUUUGCUAAGGAACGGGGUUUUAAGGUUUUCUUCAUUGAAUCCAUCUGUGAUGACCCGGACAUCAUUGCUGAAAAUAUCACUCAAGUGAAGUUAUCGAGUCCGGAUUACAAGGACUGCGAUCGGGAAAAGGUGGUGGAAGAUUUCCUCAAGCGAAUUGAAUGUUAUCAGAUGAGUUACGAGCCGCUGCAUGAUGACAGGGAUGGCGAUCUGUCUUAUAUUACGAUUUUUAAUGUCGGGAACCGAUACCUGGUGAACCGGGUCCAGGAUCACAUUCAGAGCCGCACGGUCUACUACCUGAUGAACAUCCACGUGACCCCUCGCUCUAUCUACCUAUCCCGGCAUGGGGAAAGUGAUCUUAACCUCAUGGGCAGGAUUGGAGGGGACUCUGGGCUUUCACCUCGUGGAAAGCAGUACGCCCAUGCACUGGGAAACUUUGUUAGAUCACAGAAAAUUCCAGACCUGAAAGUAUGGACCAGUCACAUGAAGCGCACCAUUCAGACGGCAGAAGCGCUGGACGUCCCUUACGAGCAGUGGAAGGCCUUGAAUGAGAUAGAUGCAGGGGUGUGUGAGGAGAUGACAUAUGAAGAAAUACAGGAACAUUUUCCAGAAGAGUUUGCACUAAGAGACCAGGACAAAUACCGUUACAGAUACCCCAAAGGAGAGUCCUAUGAGGACCUGGUGCAGCGACUGGAGCCGGUUAUCAUGGAGCUGGAGCGUCAGGAGAACGUGCUGGUGGUCUGUCACCAGGCCGUCAUGCGCUGUUUGCUGGCUUAUUUCCUAGACAAAACUGCAGAAGAAUUGCCAUACCUGAAAUGUCCUCUUCACACCGUGCUGAAACUGACGCCCGUAGCUUAUGGUUGUAAAGUAGAAUCGAUCUACCUGAAUGUGGAAGCAGUAAAUACACACAGAGAAAAGCCGAUGAACGUAGCGGUGUCUCGUGAUCCCGGGGAGGCGUUGGACACUGUCCCAGCACACUUUUAAAUCUGAAUGAUUAGAGGCUGAAUUUUUAUUUUUUUAAUGCAUUUUUAUUUUAUUUUUUGUCAAGUAGGAAGCUGAGAAAUAGGAAAUCUGCUAACGAGCGGUAGAUAUGUUUUUAGACUGUUGUGGUUUAACCCUUUUUAUCCCAAACCAUUUUAAGUCACAUUGUAGUGGUCACAAACAGACUGAGGAUACAAGCCUGAGGCUGGUUUAGUGCGGCCGUACUAUAGUUGCAUUUGUGGGUCUGUAGAAUUGUCAACACAUGAGCAAGUUCCACACAUUGGACUCGCAGCGUGCGAUGGCACCCGUCCUGACCUCCCAGCACUGACUGGGAUCGCAUAGCAUUAUAUUGAUUUAUGAUGCUGUGUAACCCCUUAGAGGUCUGGAAUGUAUUGUAUAACACUGACCGCAUUAGGUCAGUGUUAUACAAUACAUUCCAGACCUCUAAGGGUUACACAGCAUCAUAAAUCAAUAUAAUGCUAUGAGAUCCCAGUCAGUGCUGGGAGGUCAGGACGGGUGCCGUCGCAUGCUGUGAGUCCAAUGUGUGGCACUUACUCAUGUGAAAGGGGCCUAAGGGUGCCCUCCACACGUGGUGGAAAAUGCUGCCAAAAUAAUAUGGAGGUGCAUUCAUGUCAAUGGGAAACAGAUUCUGCAGUGGGGGGAAAAAAGAUUUUUAGCGUUUUCCAUUGAAAUGAAUGUAGACAGUGGCAUUUGGGAAACGUGCAACAAGUUAUCUACACUAUGGCAUAUAAUGCAGGGAUAGAACAUUUUCAGCCCCUUAUAACAUUGGGGAAGUCAGUUUGUGGAACUUUCUGCCAUAUGUGAGGGGACCACAAUGCAGCCAUUGAGGCCAAAGGGCUUAUUCAGAUGUGCAUGUGUUUAAUCUUGUUCCCCCCACCCCUAGAAAAGGUGGCGGACAUACCAGCAGCUUUACGUCUGACUAAGCCCUUAUGCAGGGGAUCAGCUGUGAGAAACUACACCUCCCCAGCAUGGGCUCUUAUGUGGCUUCCAUAAAAGUGAAAGGACAACUUUGGGAGUUGUAGUUUCAGAACAGCUGGAGUGCCGAAUGUUUCUUAUCCCUGCCUUAUGGCUAGUUCUAAUGCCUGGAUUUGGUCCAUGUGAUUGUCAAUUUUCCCCCUCGAAAAAAGGAGGGGAAAAAAAUAAAAAGUUCCCUCUGCUGUAAUGAAAGCACUGACUACUCUACAGCCAUUACAAGGAUUCAUCAUUAGAAAAACAUGGCUGCUUUCUUCCAAAUUUAGUACCAUACCUGUCCACAGGUUAUAUCUGGUACUAUGGCUCAGCUGCAAUACCACACACAACCUAAUGGUCAGGGGUGGUGCUAUAUGUGGAUGCACGCAGUGAGGUUCUCCUGAAUUAGAGGCUGUAUAGGUCUGUAGUAUGUGCUGUCUGUGCCUCUCCUGGAUCUUUUUAUACUCCUUCAGCUUGUAUUUCACCAGCUUCCUCUCUGGGCUUUCAUUUUUAUUGACUUAAUUUAACCUCUGGUAUCCGGAGUAUGAUCAAUGAUGUUAGUGUCCUUGGGACACAUCUAGUCACCUCCUUUUGUAGAGGCCUUCGCACAAAGCAGCCAUCGUGACCAGCCAGAAACAUAUGGGGGUGUGAUGGAAUACAAGGCGUUUAACAAGGUUUUAUUCUACAUCUUAAAACAGAUUAAACAUGAUAAAUGCACCUGAACUAGACAGAUGUAAAUACGUUAACUGACAGUGGUAAUGUUGCAUCUUUGCCACCGGAGGGCACUGUGUACUAAUAAAAGCCCCAUAAGC